AUCAUCAAGAAUCCCCUCCCGUCCACGUGUCAACACGCUAUUGCUCCUCUAGAUUUCGCGCGCAGACAAGGCAUCAGACAGUAGACACCAUCCUGCCUCGGUCCUCCUCCUUCUCUCUGCAUCAUCAUCAUCAUCAUCAUCUCUCUCUCUCUCUCUCUCUCUCAGUAUUUCAAUGGCGUUGUAUGCGAACACCCAGAAGCUCUAUCUCGGCUCGCCAGCAAGUGGGCACAAUGCAAGGACCAAGAGAAACAACAAGAGAGCGGGAAUUCCGGCAAUCAGAGGGGCGGCGUCGUCGUCCGCCACGGAAGUCGCGUACGAGAAGGGACAGCUGGAGAGGCCGAAAUGGGCAGGAGAGACACCGCUCUCCCGCCUAGUCGGAGCCGUCAUCUCGUUCAAGCCUAUCUACUCUCUUCUCAAGCUCGGCGCUCGGCAAGUCCUCAUCAGCACAGCUGAGAAGAAUGACAUCCCGUGGCGAGAGAUGACGAGACAGAUUCUGGAAUCAGAUGUUUAUAAGGAGCUAGAAAGCAUUCAAAACCCCUCACUUGUGUUCCCAGAUUAUUAUCUGAGUCCUUUCCAUGCUUAUGAUGAGGGUAACCUUUCAUGGACGGCUGCAGCAGAAGCAGAGCCUGCCACAAAGUCGAUGUCUAUACGAGCAGUACCUGAGGCAAGAUCAGCAGAUGAGGCAACUCAAGUGGUGCGUGGAAAUUGGCUCAAGGCAAUUGAAAAGCACCAUAGACAGCACUCUGGUGGUUCCACGGUUCGAGACAUUCUGGAUAUCGGAUGCUCAGUAGGUAUUAGCACUGGUUAUCUCGCCGACACAUUCCCUUCUGCAAAAGUCAUUGGGCUAGAUCUGUCGCCAUAUUUUCUCUCUGUGGCUCAGUUUAAUGAGAGAAAGAGGUCCCAAAGAACAAUACCAAUACGGUGGAUACAUGCUAAUGGGGAAGAUACAGGCUUGCCAUCCAAAUCAUUUGACCUUGUUUCAAUUUCUUUAAUGUUUCAUGAAUGUCCUACUAGAGCAAUAACCAAUGUAAUAAAGGAAUCGUCUCGGCUACUUCGACCUGGCGGCACCAUUGCCAUAAUGGAUCAAGCGCCAUCCUCUAAGGUUCUUCAGGUAUGGUUCAAAUUCCUGUAUAUUGUUUGGUUUCUUCCAAUGGAAAUUUUGCAACUGCAAAAUUUGUCGCCUGUGCUGUUUACACUAUUGAAGAGUACCGAACCCUUCCUAGACGAGUACUAUCUGACUGAUUUGGAAGGAACACUGAGGGAAGUGGGGUUCGUGAACGUAGCAGAUGCCCUAACAGAUUCGCGACACAGAACUGUGACGGCAACCGUGCCUUGUUAGAUAUGUUGUGGUUGCGAGGAUGUCUUUUUGCUUCCUGAGCCACAGUGAGCGGUGAAAACUAAGAUGCAUCAUUUUUUUAAAC